ACAGCCCCCCGAAAUGUGUAAGAGCAAACAGUGAUAGACAGCUAGUUCCGGGUUCCCGCCGCCUGCACUCCGCAAGCUCUUGAGCCCCAGUCUUCAGCCAGGUUCCUCCCGGGAGCCACCAGGGUGCGGGGUGGGUGGCCAGGGACGGGGCCCAGGCGCGCUCGCGCGCACAUUCGUGUCUCCAGCGAGUUGGGUUCCGCAACCUGAGCAGGACGGGGCCUCCAGAUCUGGGCCUGAGCUUCACGCCCCCGCGGCCUUGUUCGCUCCAGGCUUGGCUAGAAGUCUAACCCAGAAGAACAAGGCCUGUCUGUACUCGGAAAGCAGACACCAGCUGCUGGGGUGGACGCAGAUGGAGGGCCUGUCCUGGCCAGCCACAUGUAAGUUGUUUCUGAGUUGGAAGGAAAGGAAAGUUCGCGACUGAGAGUUGAAGGCAGAUUGCCAACUACCAGGAAAGGACAUUGGUUCUGACUUUAUUUGUUGAUGAGGUUGUUGCCUGGCUGGGGGGAAAUGCAACUUUCCCUGCAGCUGGACCUCUAAGUGGUCAUCAGAGGCCACCGGGAAUGAACAGGCCCUGAGCUGUGAUCCCGUUUACCUACUUGAAGUAUACAUUCUUGGUAGCUGCUGGGAACAGUCUUGUAGUGUUGGAGGAAAACAAAAGAAAACAAAACAAAAAGAAGCAAACAAAACAAAACAAGAAAACAUGAGUGUGGAAGCCAAGUACCGUGCAGCUUCCCUGUAUGUGGGUGACCUCCACGAAGAUGUCACUGAGGAUGUGUUAUUCAGGAAGUUCAACACAGUGGGACCAGUGUUGUCCAUCCGCAUCUGCAGGGACCUGGUUUCCCGGCGUUCACUGGGCUAUGCCUAUGUAAACUUCCUCCAGCUGGAUGAUGCGCAGAAGGCCCUAGACACCAUGAACUUUGACUUGAUCAAAGGCAAAUCCAUCCGUCUCAUGUGGUCUCAACGGGAUGCAUACCUGAGGAAAUCGGGAAUUGGGAAUGUGUUUAUCAAGAAUCUGGACAGAUCUAUUGAUAACAAAACCUUGUAUGAACACUUCUCUCCGUUUGGAAAGAUCCUGUCCUCCAAGGUGAUGAGCGACGAAGAAGGCUCCAAGGGCUAUGGCUUCGUGCACUACCAGGACCAGAGUGCUGCAGACAGGGCCAUUGAGGAGAUGAAUGGGAAGCAGCUGAGGGACUGCGCAGUGUUUGUGGCCAGAUUCAAAAGCCGUCAGGAUCGUGAGGCUGAGCUCAGAAGCAAACCCAGCGAAUUCACUAAUGUGUACAUCAAAAACUUUGGGGAUGAUAUGGACGAUGAGGGACUCAAGGAAGUCUUCAGCAAAUAUGGCCAAACUUUGAGCGUCAAGGUGAUGAAAGAUGCCAAUGGGAAGUCCAAAGGCUUCGGGUUUGUCAGUUUUUAUAGCCAUGAGGCUGCCAGAAAUGCAAUUGAAGAAAUGAAUGGACAGGAUAUAAACGGGCAGACAAUUUUUGUAGGCAGAGCUCAGAAGAAGGUAGAACGCCAGGCUGAGUUGAAGGAAAUGUUUGAACAGAUGAAAAAGGACAGAAUCCGUGCACGCCAUGCAGCGAAGCUCUACAUUAAGAACCUGGAUGAAACCAUCGAUGAUGAAACACUGCGCAAGGAAUUUUCCUGCUUUGGGUCCAUUUGCCGAGUUAAGGUGAUGCAGGAAGCGGGGCAGAGCAAAGGGUUUGGCUUGAUCUGCUUUUUCUCUCCCGAGGCAGCUGCUAAAGCAAUGGCUGAGAUGAAUGGCCGCGUCCUGGGCUCCAAACCCCUCAACAUUGCACUGGGCCAGAAGCACUGAAGAAGAACGAUCCUACCUCGCCAAUCUCAGUAGCAGCUAGGAGAACAAUUCUGCUCUCCCCCUGAAGGGUGCUUUAAGGGUAAGCGUCAAAACUUGAUGGCUGCUCACUGAAUUUGUAUACAAAAACAUUUCUUGUGUGUGUAUGAAAAAGCAAAUGUGUGUUAGAAGCUUGGUUUGUUUUGCAGGGUGCAUCCUCAAAUUAAAAAAAAAUGCAUAUAUUUUUUUCUUAUUUUCUAAUAUUCACAACUGUUUAAUUGGUUACAUUCUUAUUAUAUUUUGAACCAAAUGAAACAAAUACAUGUAUUUAUUGCAUAUUUUAUUCUUUUGUUUUAAUAAUGUUGCGAGCUUUAGUUUCUCCUAUGAAAAAAUGCCCCAAACAAAUUUAAUGAUAAUUUAUUUUUUACUAAGAGGAAAUUUAACAUUUUUCAUGGGAGUAUUUUUCUUUCCUUCUUUCUUUCUUUUUUUUUUUUUGGCAACUCAAAAAUUUAGAAAUUGCUAGACAGAAAUCGGUGAAAUACCAAAUUUUACUUUUGAAUUAACGUUUUUAGUACCAAGCAAUAGUUGUAAUAUACAUACAUACAUACAUACAUACAUACAUGCAUACACAUGUUCUGGAGUUUUGCUUUUCUAAUAGUCUACAUCAAGAUGGUGGUAGAGGAAAUUUCUCAUUUUUUGGUUACAUUUUCUGUGUCUGUAAUCUGAGUGUUUGUUUUCUUACUAUUUAAUUGUACUUAUAUAGUAAUGAUUUACUUUUUAUAUUUCCUCAUGUUAUAAACCUGUAUCUCUGCAGUUGAUGGACACAUAAUUUCAUCUUGAAUCGCAUUACACGCUGCAGUUCAUCGUGAUGCAUUUUUAGGUUUUCAUUAGAUGCUUAUGCUAUGAAAGUCGUAUCUAUGCAAUUCAGAAACUCCAAAGAAAGUCAAACUUUAAAAAAAUCCUGUUAUAUUAAUCUAUCCCAGAGUUCAGAAAACAAGUGCCUUAUUUUAUAAACUUCCUCUCUCUUUAUUAGACUGUGAGGGCUCUGUUAACUUGUGGGUUUUCCUUGGGCCUUGGUUGGUAUUCUGACAAAGUGAAGUUAUGUCACUUGAUCUGUUUUUAGCAUGUGUUUAAUUUUGAUGCCCAUCCCAUAUGACUUCUCUCUUCUAUCCAUCAACAUUACUUAGCUCAUUUUUAGACAUUUUUACAAAGGAAUUGCAAUAUUAGCUUUACAUUUUUACUACCUCAAAACCAUUUGAAAUAAAAGGUAAGAGUUAUUUAUUUGGAAUUUACUCAGUACUUAAAAAUGUUAUCCACUCAUACCAAAGGUGUGAAAAGCUCUGUUUUUACUGUUGUCUUUUGUUUUUCAAUUUUCUUUCUUGAUUUUUUUGUUCUUUUUCUGUUUUGGAUUAUUUAGUUAUUUCUUAUUACCAUUUAUUACAACCUUUUACUUCAUAUAAUAGUACAUAUUUUCCAUUGACAAUAUUUUAUGAAUGAGAAAAAUCUCAUUUUGUUUCUAUAAAUCAUAUAUAUAUAUAUAUAUUUAUAUUCUUUGCACAUUUUCUAAUCUGAAUGAGGAAAAAUUGAGAAUAAAAAGUAAUAAAAGAAUAAAAGUAAUAAAACUAUUGCAGAAGCACAUUCUGCAAAAAUUCACUGUUUAUUUUCCCUAACAUUUUAUGUACAUAAUAAAAGAUAAUUUUGAAAAGGUAACAUGAACAAUUUUGUUUGAAUUUACUCUUUUUGAUUUGAUGUUAUGGGAUGAUAAAUUUCAAAAAACUCAAAAAGUUAUUUACGUAUCAUUUUGGUGGUUUUAACUUUAGCCGAUGAUAUUGUCAUGAUGACUAAAUUCUUGAUAAGUGUAUAUGGUGCAGCACUGUUUUUCCUCUUGGUUUUGUCUUCUGCCAAAAUAUUCUUCCCCACUAGUACUGAAAUUCUUCCAAUUUGUUUCUAAAACAAAUUCUAAUUAAUGAUUUAAAAUCAAUUUAAAUGUUAUUUUGAUCCAUUUUCCAAUUUCCUUACACAAAUUUCAUAACAAUUACAUUCCAUUGUAACUAUAGGUAAAUGCAUGUUUCUAUAUUAUCCAAGAACCUAAGUAUUUUGCCAGCCUCUGGCAGGUUCAAUAUGGUAUAUCAAAAAUACACACUAUUCUCUAUUUUACUAUUUCAAUAGCUUCUUUUUUAUUGCCAAAGUUCUACCUUGUGUCUUGUAUUUAUUACCAUUAAUAUUUUCAUACUUGUAAAUUAAUGUUUCAAAUACCUGAGAUAAUUUUCUCCUGAAUAAUUUGUAUUUACAUGAUUUUGCUUCACAUCAAAGAUAUUUUAAAGUUACCUGUUUAAUGUUUUCACUUUGUUUAUAGUUUUAAAAUCUAUUCCAAUGUGAAAUUUUAAACAAUUUUUUCAGCAUUUCAUUUAGAUGGCAUUUUUCUUGUGAUUUAUUUUGAACACCUUAAAAUGCUUGCAUACUCACAUAUACAUAUAUACAUAUAUAUAUACAUAUAAUAUAUGUAUAUGAAAUUUAAACAGGGAGGCUGGUAGACACAAUCUGUGUUGUCUUCUAUUAGCACAUAUGGUUCAUAUUAUCAAUAACUUCUUUAUAAACAAAACUUGUUUAUAUUUUGUGUAAAGAGUGGACUUUAGCUAUGUCUUGCUUUUAGGUCUUUAAACAGCCUACACUGUUAUACUGUGUCAGUGAAUAUUAGUGCAUAUGCCCUCUCAGAUGCAUUGGCUUGCAGAAUCACUACAUUGAGAAGUAUUUUUUAUGUCAGAAGCAGAGUUGGUAAGAUCCCAGGACUAGACAGGAUAUAAGUGUGUCAGGUUAUGAUGAAGCUUCUGAAUUACUUUAUCUGUGAAAGUAUUCAAAUAUUUGAACAAUAAUUGAUAAACCUAAUAUGUAGCUUACUUCCUUCUUAUGUGCACAAGUACUUGGUAAGCACUUUAUCAGGUGUGCAGACGUAUUCUUGUCUCAGCUAAAUAAUGCAAUAUCUUAAUGCCUUAGUAGAAAUUGCUCAUUUCCAGUAUUUACCAUAAAAUUUGUCAGUGCAUUCCCUUCAUUAUUUAAAUUUUAAUCAUUCUAAAUAUGUGUGUGUAUAUGUUUUCCUUCAAUAGCAUUACAUCAUCCUACUUAGCAAUGGGAGUUCAUUUUUUCAGGAUAAUUAAAAAAUGUACCUAAGUGCCUUGAAGAAGAAAGAGAUAAAUAGAAGCAAACUCAGAUAGAGAUGCCUUCAGUCAGUCUCUCCAAUCUCUUGUAUGGAUGACUGCUCUUUACAGAUGAUGUAGCACAUAUGUACCUUGCUCCAGUUUUUGAAGUUGUUAAAUAGAAAUUGUUAAAAUAUAUUUUAAUGCCCUCAAUAUUCUUUGAAACCUGAAGAGAAGAUGCUAAAUAAAAUCUAGCAUGUCAAUGA